AUGGGACUUUUAGAUAAGGUCAAGGAGAAGCUCGGAGACGGUUAGUUUUUGCUCGAUCGCUGUGCGCCCUCAAUAGCCCGAAUGCGCUGUCACUCCAUGCCCAGCCCCGGCCCUUAUCGUCGUCGGGUUGGUCAUCGGCCUUGCACUACCUGGCUGGCCGGGAUCUUUCAAACUACCGCCAGCAUGCACUUACAUCGAAUUCACUCUUUUCUCUCCAUUCCGGACGACGGUUUUGGUGGACUUGCCCCUGUGCGCACAUUCGAAUGACGUCGACUUGCAGGCCACGCUCACUCAACCCCUACCGCCGACGACACUCAAGAGCGUGGUCGUUUCAUGGCCAGCACUGGACGUGGUGAGUCGUACAACACUCCGCAGUCAUGACCAAGACCGUGUGCCAACCCCACCAUGUGUGACGCGCUUUCUAUCCAGGUGGAGCCGGCAACAUGUCUCGCUCUCGAGCUCGCCAGGCCGACGAGUCGCCCGAAGUGAUCGCCGCAGCCCGAUCUCGAUCGCAGUCACGCUCGCGUGCAGCCCAUCACGGUCACGACCCCCAUGUUGCUGCUGGUCGCGGAGGAACGGGGAACGUGCGCUCCACUUCCAAGAAUGCCGAGUCGCGCGAGCGUCAAGCCGCGCUCGAUGCCGAGGAGCGUGUAGUCGAGGAGAAAUACGCCGCUGAGCACGCCGGCGAAGAGCCAGUGCAUGGACGAGGUGGACUCGGCAACAUCCCUCACCAUGCCCACCACAACGAGCCAGCAUGA